ACACCUGCCGACGCGUUUCAGUCACACUAUCAACCUGGAGUCUCAUGUUACUCACAUUCCAGUCUGCGUUUCACCUUUAAUUGUGAGUCUCCAGCGGGAGUGGCUCUGGGUGACCUCAGGGUGCGGUGCGCCCUGAGCCGCUGCGCACUGCUGUGUGUGUGUGUGUCUGUGUGUGUCUGGUUGAGGGUGAGCGCAUAGGUGGGAUCUGGGACAAUGGGCGUGUAGUGACGACGCACAAAAACAAAAACAGCCAAAGAAGAAGAAGAAGAAUCAAACCGGACGUAUUACAUUUAUUUUAAAGGUUUUUUAAAACUUAAAUAAACAUGUCCAAGCGCGUCAGACCCGGUUACUACCGACAAGAAGUCAACAAAACCUCGUGGGAAGUGCCGGAUCGAUACCGGGACCUGAGGCAGGUGGGGACCGGGGCUUACGGGACGGUUUGCUCGGCGGUGGACUCCAGGACAGGAGGCAAAGUGGCGAUCAAGAAGCUGUACCGACCUUUCCAGUCCGAGCUCUUCGCCAAACGGGCCUACAGGGAGCUGAGGCUCCUCAAACACAUGAAGCACGAGAACGUGAUUGGCCUCUUAGAUGUGUUUACUGCUGACCUCUCCCUGGACAGAUUCCACGAUUUCUACCUGGUGAUGCCGUACAUGGGGACGGAUCUGGGGAAGCUGAUGAAGCUGCAGCGGCUGUCGGAGGAGAAAAUUCAGUAUUUGGUUUAUCAGAUGCUCAAAGGGCUGAAGUAUAUCCAUUCGGCCGGUAUAAUUCACAGGGACCUCAAACCAGGAAAUCUCGCCAUCAACCAAGACUGUGAGCUCAAGAUUUUGGACUUUGGUUUGGCGCGGCAGGCAGACAGCGAGAUGACGGGCUACGUGGUGACUCGCUGGUACAGAGCCCCGGAGGUCAUCCUGAGCUGGAUGCACUACACUCAGACUGUGGACAUUUGGUCUGUGGGCUGCAUCAUGGCCGAAAUGCUGCAGGGAAAACCUCUCUUUAAAGGCAGCGACCACCUCGAUCAGCUGACUGAGAUCAUGAAGAUCACAGGAACACCAACUCAGGAAUUUAUGUCAAAACUAGAAUCCCAGGAUGCUAAAAGCUACAUCAAAAGUCUUCCCAAAGUGGAAAAGAAAGACCUCCAGAAGGUGAUUUCCACAACUAAUCCACAAGCCGUGUCUGUGCUGGAGCGCAUGUUGCUGCUGGAUCCCCAGAGCAGGGCGACCGCCACCGAGGCCCUCACGCUCCCCUACUUCACCGAGUUCAGAGAAACGGAGGAGGAGACGGAGGCGCAGCCGUACGACCACUCGUUAGACAACGCAGACCUGACGCUGGACCAGUGGAAACGUCACACCUUCACAGAGAUCUUGUCGUUCAAACCCAUUGUGCCAGAAUCCAAGGAAACCUCACUGUGAGACACACAGAGUCGGCUGAGCAGCCGGGGACCAAACCUAACGAACACGUCUUCUUCAUCUCCAGCGACAAAACCUCUCUGAUCACAAGAAUUAAUGAAUGAUCACAGACUCUGUUCUCCCUCAAGUGCAACCUGCUGUGUUUUUGAUUACCUCGCUGUUUGUCGCCGUCAUCGUAAAUCCCAGAUUUCUUUCUUUCUAGCUUGACUUUGUUGCAGCAGCUCUACUUCCUGAGUCGUAUCAGCACUUCCUACUGUGCUGAGGAUCCUAACUCACACUUAUCCCUGAUAUAAGUCGGAUAAUAUCCAAGUUCAAUUUCAGUUUUCAGUCAGGCUGGUAUGUAAAAUAUUGGAGCAUUUCAUCAAAUACCUUGCUCCUUACCUGUGAAUCGAGAAAUAACAGGAGACACAGUUUUUAGAAAAGUGAAAUUCUUGAAAAAGCCUGGUGUCAGUCGUUUAAUUUCCAAGACUUAUUUGUAUCUGUGGUUAAGGUAAUAGAUAGAAAAAUGCUUCUUUAAUCUGUGAGGUAAUUCCCCGAUCAGUGACUACAUGCCCUUAAAUUCCUUUAAUUGUUGUGUUUGUGUGCACGUGUCGUCUUUGUAUGUCUGUUGUGACCUCGUCUCUCCUCGCCGGGGCCUUAAUGAUAAAGAUUGGCAGCUCUUAUGAAAUCCAUCCCAGCAGGUUAAAGGCACAAACAUUGUCUUUUUCAAUUUUAAACCAAAAACAGAUGAGAGAAAUGUCACAAUGUUGUUUUUUUAUGAAACUGAAAUUUGCACAAAACACAUUUUCUAUGUUGAUCCGUGAGUGAAUGUUUCUAACACCACCACUGUAUUUUUUUAAUAUUAAAGAUUCUCUUUGAA